AUGUGUGUGGAUCUGGACGAGAGUCGGCCGUUGUCGGUGGCACCUGUCACGGCGACCUUGGAGUUGAUUGCGGCAGAUUUGCUCAGGAGAUGGCAGAUGGCCGGGGAGCACGGAAACUGGGCGAUGGGCAAUCCAUCCCGCGCCACACAGCGCUGCCCUGCUGCUGAGAGCAGCAUCAACGCGGUUGCCGCAACGGGCUUGUCAGCUUCCGGGCAUCAAGCCAAACGGGAACGAGCGGGGAUAAAGCUAGGAAGAAACGGGGACGCAGAGCAGAGAGUUGAUGACGGCCGAAAGACGGCAGCGGCUGAUGCUGACUGCCGGCAGCUGCAAAUUUGCGUUUUUGCUUUUGCCUCUAACCUGGGUGCGAGCAGUGCGAGGGCAGAUCAGCGCGGCGGUGUGUCUGGUGUGUGCCGGUGCUUGUCGCCCGGGUCGGUCAGGCAGGUGCAGGGGGCGGACCUGCCCACCAGACGUCAGACAGCCCAUGCCCCAGAAACCUCAGCAAGCCACUGGGCGGCGCUGCCAGGGGACGGCGUCUGA